CCCGUUGGAGCGAUUCUUUCUGCCCGCCUGUGCUUAAAGCCUCUCAUCUCGACCUCUCCCCAUCCAAAUCCUAUUGUCGUGUCUCCUGCCCUUGUCGGUUGCCCCUCCCUCCAGGAUUUGAGAUCUGAAGGUUCUUUUGUCAUAAAGAUCGAACCUUGCUGAGGGUUCCUCCGUGCAGAUCAUGAUUUCGGCGAUGGAUCUGAAGGAACACAAGUUCUUCGCUGCGGGGUUCCUCUUCUUGGCGACCCUGGUCCUCGCCAAGCUCGUGGCCGCCGCCCUGGCUCCCAAGUCCCGGAAGCCGCUGCCGCCGAUAGUCGCGGCGGUGCCGGUCAUCGGCGGGCUGCUGCGGUUCAUGCGGGGCCCGAUUUUGAUGAUCCGCGAGGAGUACGCAAAGCUCGGAAGUGUGUUCACGGUGAACGUUGUCAACCGGAAGAUCACCUUCUUCAUCGGGCCUGAGGUGUCGGGCCACUUCUUCAAGGCACCAGAGGCGCAGCUCAGCCAGCAGGAGGUGUACCAGUUCAACGUUCCGACCUUUGGGCCGGGUGUUGUCUUCGACGUCGACUACUCGGUGCGGCAGGAGCAGUUUCGAUUCUUCACGGAGGCGCUCAGGGUGACCAAACUGAGGAGCUAUGUGGAUCACAUGGUUGUCGAGACAGAGGACUACUUCUCAAAAUGGGGAGAGAGUGGUACAGUGGAUUUGAAGUACGAGCUGGAACAUCUCAUCAUAUUGACAGCAAGCCGAUGCCUGUUGGGCAGAGAAGUAAGGGACAAGCUCUUUGAUGAUGUCUCUGCCCUCUUUCAUGACCUUGACAAUGGCAUGCAGCCCAUCAGUGUCAUAUUCCCCUACCUCCCUAUCCCAGCCCACCGCAGGCGGGAUCGUGCCCGUGCUAGGAUAGCGGAGAUCUUCUCAACCAUUAUCAGUUCACGCAAGACUUCUGGCAAAUCAGAGGAUGACAUGUUGCAGUGCUUCAUUGAUUCAAAAUACAAGGAUGGCCGUGCAACCACAGAAGGAGAGAUUACAGGGUUGCUCAUCGCUGCACUCUUUGCAGGCCAGCACACCAGUUCCAUCACUUCCACCUGGACGGGAGCUUACUUGCUGCGCUUCAGGAAGUACCUUUCAGCUGCUCUCGAGGAGCAGCGGGAGAUAAUGAGGCAGCAUGGGGAUAAGGUGGAUCAUGACAUUCUAUCUGAGAUGGAUGUCCUCUACCGCUGCAUCAAGGAAGCUCUGAGGCUUCACCCUCCGUUGAUUAUGCUUCUCCGGUAUUCUCACAGUGACUUCACCGUCACAACGAGAGAAGGAAAGGAGUAUGAUAUUCCCAAGGGCCACAUUGUAGCCACAUCCCCAUCUUUCGCAAACCGGCUACCGUACAUCUUCAAGGACCCAGAUACCUAUGAUCCUGACAGAUUUCUACCUGGGAGAGAGGAAGACAAGGCUGCGGGAGCCUUCUCAUACAUUUCAUUUGGCGGUGGCAGGCAUGGAUGCCUGGGAGAGCCUUUUGCUUACUUGCAGAUCAAGGCAAUAUGGAGCCACUUGCUGAGGAACUUUGAGUUUGAGUUGAUAUCUCCCUUCCCCGAGAAUGACUGGAAUGCCAUGGUAGUUGGUGUCAAAGGUGAAGUGAUGGUGCGAUACAAGCGGCGGAAGCUGUCCGUUGACAACUAACUGUUUGCUCUUGCCAUCCCUAUUCUUGCUUGAGUUUGUCCCUGUUUUCCUUUCAGAUGUUUGCAGACCUUAAACUCUAGCCCUCUUUUUUUUAUUGUGGAAUGAAUGUGCCCAAUAUUUCAACUUGCAACCUU